UGGGGGGGGUUUGUUGGGCUUUCGACGAGAUCGGAUUUGGUGACAUGACAUGGCAUGUAAGGUGUUUUACGCUCUCUCUGUACGCGUUGGACGGUUUUUUAAAGUCCUUUGCGUGGUGCCAGAACUGUCCUGUGUAGGCGUUGUCGGGGAAGGAUUGAUUGUUGACUCAGGUGGUUCGUUUCUUGUAUGUGGAGGGCGCGGAUUUAGGAAUUAGCGCCCGCCAUAAUUAUAGAAGUAGUGAACACUGAUGCAAAAGGUCACGCGUUCGAAAGGACACUCGUUCGUUGAUAUAAGACGUAUGCAGAAUGGGUGAAUGGGAUGGUGAUGGGAAGCGUGUUACCCACGUUCGCAAUCGUCUCUUCUACCUUGGUGCAACUGAUAUCGUUGGAGUGUCCUAGUUCGUCUUGCUUCUAUGGUGAUAUUUCGAGGAACUACGUAAGCUGUUACUGAACGGAUUCUGCGAUGUGGUAUGUUGCCUUGCGAGUGUUUCAUCGGUCAGUCGAUUCUACUGGAUAUUGAUGAUUGCGCUUUUUUCGUUUCAAGAUUCGGUUCGAGGUUGGCUGCUUCAAAUGGCUGCGUAGAGGUUUGGUAGAAACGGUAUUUGCUCUUCAGGAGGUCAGCGACGGUUCUCGUUUGGUUCGGUUUGGUUUCGAUUCGGUUGUAUCGUUGUUCCACGCAUGUCUGUAGAGAGGUGUGGUCGUCGUAUGUUUGUUCUUGAUGUGGAAGGGUUAACGUAGUGGCUGUCACACGCAUGUCUGUAGAGAGGUGUGUCGUCGUAUGUUCUUGAUGCGGAAGGUUAACGAGUGUUCUUAUUGAGUUUGGUUCGGUGAGGUCUGGUAUCGGUUCCGGUUUGAUCACUGUUACACGCAUGGUUAUUACAGUAGUACGAGGGGCAGUAAAUGGUACUGUUCAUUCCCAGUGGUUAUGGUUCUCAGCGCAGCGGCUAGUUUUGUCGGUGUCUUUCAGUGGUUCUGGGUGGGAUAUUUUUGGGCGAUAUUUCACGUGUUGUUGCUUCUUGAGUCCGUUGGCCGUCGAUGGUGGUCUUGAUCCUUAUUUUGCAUGCCCCGUGAAGCGGUACUUAUCCUCGCAUGACUUUUGAAGUACGACGGUGAGUGAGGUUUAAGUACCGAGGAUGAGCGUACAAUGAGGAUGUGUUUUUAUGCUUAGCGGCUACUUCCGUCGGUCUCUAUCAGUGGUUCUGGGUUGGCGAGAUUUUCGGGAACAUUUUCACGUGUUGUUGCUCUUGGAUUCCGUUGGUUAGCGAUGGGUGGUGGCCUCGAUUAUAUUUUCCUCGCACGUGAGGAACGGUGUCUUUCGUGGGAUUGUUUCGGCUCCAAUUUGCGGGUGUGUUCAUGGGUCGGUUUCGUUUCAGAACCUCAGCGAGAUGCGGAUGGAGGUGGAACUACUGGGGAUGGAUGAUGGACGAUGGCGAGCUGGAGUGAUGAUGAACUUUGAUUGGCGCCUUCGGUUAUGAAUACUGCCUGACAGUCCCCGUCUUUUGGGGGAUGAAGGAUGCACUAUGAGAAGUACGAGCUAUGAUGUUUGUUUUGAGGUUGGAUUCAGUUCCGAGGGUUCUUUCUGAUGAUCGUAGGUGGUCACAUAUAUAAAUGCUGGCGGUCUGCUGAUUAUCUUGCUCUUGUCGCCUUGAAUACGAUGUUGUCUUUUUCGAAAGUAUGCUUCAAGCACGCGCUUGCGAUCGCUAGUACCGAAUGUUUUACAAGCUGUGAAUUUCUCCUCUGGACAUGGUGUGUGGCUCUUGUCGCCGUGAAUACGGUGUUGUCUUUUUUGACAGUAUAUGCUUCAAGCACUUGCGAUCGCUAGUACCGAAUGUUUCAAGCUGUGAAUUUCUCAUUUGGACAUGGUGUAUUAUCUCCGGUGUGAGAACAAGAUGAAUGUUUUGAUGUUUGGAAUUUGAGUACUUAGUAAUAUUCAACGAAUAAGUUGAAUCAUACGUGUAUUAUCCUUUGAGCGGACGAGGUGUUUUGUUUGGUCAGCGUCUAACAUGCCAAUCCUCUUUGGAACGUAGAUUGAGGUUACGCAUGAUAUGAAAUCUGUCGUCUGUAUUAUGAACAAAACAAUAGUCGCGCUUUGGAUAUUACGCGUGAUAUGAGAUCUCUGUCGUCCGUUUGGUUUGGUCAGCGUCUAACAUGCCAGUCCUCUUUUGAACGUAGAUUGAGGUUACGCAUGAUAUGAAAUCUGUCGUCUGUAUAAUGAACGAAACAAUAGUCGCGCUUUGGAUAUUACGCAUGAUAUGAGAUCUCUGUCGUCCGUAUCAUGAACGAGGUACUUGUCGCGCUUUGGAUAUGGCAGUUGUAAACCUGUCAUGGAAUGAGCAAUUACAAUGAGCAGCAAUUGAAUCGGCUUUUGAGGGGAUUGAAUGGGUGUGGUUAAAAGCUUUCUUGCCCCGCAUACAACGAACGGUUAUUGCAGGUGUAUAAGACCUGAAAGAUACGCCAAGUACCGCUAUUACUCUACGUUGUAUUCGGGGGAAUUAGGUUGUGAGAAAAUGUUGUGAGCUACGUUCUUGCACCGAAUACGACGGACGGUCGUUGUCGUUGUUUGAGUACAGUUUUAAUCGUUUUGCGUCGUAUUCUGGGGUAGAAGGUAGUGAGGAGAACGUUGUGAGCUGCGUUCUUGCCUGGAAUACGACGCACGGGCAUUGUAUGUCCCCGUUCUCGAAUGUGCAUGGUGUGCGUAUGCAGUUUGCCGUGAGAUGACCAACAUUGACUGGGUUUCAAAACGUCUUCGAGAUGUGUACAGGCUGCUGUGAAAACAUGAAUCGAUUAAUGGCGUAUGUCGGAUUCAUUUGUUUCGUGUACACUCUCGAUCUGAGAUCACCCGUCCCUAGUUAGUUUUACAAAUGCUUGGUUUCCAAAAUUCCGAGUGAUUUCGUUUGUGUUCACAAUUCGAUGAUGGCGGUUUCUGUUUUCGUUCUAUAUGACGUGUUGCGUGCGUAUGGGAUCUUUGAUUUUCUCUGCGUGGGUCCCUAAAUUCCGAUGGCAGCUAGUGUUUGUGCGUGCCAGGAAUUUAGAGUGAUAGGAUCGG